CCUCCAGUGGCCUCAGCUCGCGCUCGAAUGCGCGUCCCCGAGCGCGUCCCCCCCACACUCACACACCCGCGCGCUCUCUCUGCGCGCGCGCGCAUACACACACAUCAUCUCCAGCUCUCUGCUUGCUCUGCUCGCAGUCACAGACACUUGAGCACACGCGUACACCCAGACAUCUUCGGGCUGCUAUUGGAUUGACUUUGAAGAUUCUGUGUGGGUCACCGUGGCUGCAUGUUUGAAUCAGGUGGAGAAGCACUUCAAGGCUGGACGAAGUAAAGAUUAUUGUUGUUAUUUUUUUUCUCUCUCUCUCUUUUAAGAAAGGAAAAUAUCCCAAGGACUAAUCUGAUCUGGUCUUCCUUCAUCAGGAACGAAUGCAGGGAUUUGGGAACUGACCGGUGCAAGUGCUGAAGAAGGAGAUUUGUUUGGAGGAAACAGGAAAGAGAAAGAAAAGGAAGGAAAAAAUACAUAAUUUCAGGGACGAGAGAGAGAAGAAAAACGGGGACUAUGGGGAGAAAAAAGAUUCAGAUCACGAGGAUUAUGGAUGAACGUAACAGGCAGGUGACUUUUACGAAGAGGAAGUUCGGGCUGAUGAAGAAGGCGUAUGAGCUGAGCGUGCUGUGCGACUGCGAGAUCGCGCUGAUCAUCUUCAACAGCACCAACAAGCUGUUCCAGUACGCCAGCACCGACAUGGACAAGGUGCUCCUCAAGUACACGGAGUACAACGAGCCGCACGAGAGCCGGACCAACUCCGACAUCGUGGAGACGUUGAGAAAGAAGGGCCUUAAUGGCUGUGACAGCCCAGAUCCCGAUGCAGACGAUUCAGUAGGUCACAGCCCUGAGUCUGAGGACAAGUACAGGAAAAUUAACGAAGAUAUUGAUCUAAUGAUCAGCAGGCAAAGAUUGUGUGCCUUGAACAAGAAAGAAAACAAAGGCUGUGAAAGCCCCGAUCCCGACUCCUCUUAUGCACUCACCCCACGCACUGAAGAAAAAUACAAAAAAAUUAAUGAAGAAUUUGAUAAUAUGAUCAAGAGUCAUAAAAUUCCUGCUGUUCCACCUCCCAACUUUGAGAUGCCAGUCUCCAUCCCGGUGUCCAGCCAUAACAGUUUGGUAUACAGCAACCCCGUCAGCUCACUGGGAAACCCCAACCUUUUGCCACUGGCCCACCCUUCUCUGCAGAGGAAUAGUAUGUCUCCUGGUGUAACACAUCGACCUCCAAGUGCAGGUAACACAGGUGGUCUGAUGGGUGGAGACCUCACAUCCGGUGCAGGCACCAGUGCAGGGAAUGGAUAUGGCAACCCCCGAAACUCGCCAGGUCUGCUGGUCUCACCUGGUAACUUGAACAAGAAUAUGCAAGCGAAGUCUCCUCCCCCCAUGAAUUUAGGGAUGAAUAACCGUAAACCAGAUCUCCGAGUUCUUAUUCCACCAGGCAGCAAGAAUACGAUGCCAUCAGUGAAUCAAAGGAUAAAUAACUCCCAGUCUGCUCAGUCAUUGGCUACCCCAGUGGUUUCUGUAGCAACUCCUACUUUACCAGGACAAGGGAUGGGAGGAUAUCCAUCAGCCAUUUCAACCACAUAUGGUACUGAGUACUCUCUGAGCAGCGCUGACCUGUCGUCUCUGUCCGGCUUCAACACCGCCAGCGCCCUGCACCUGGGCUCAGUCACUGGCUGGCAACAGCAGCACCUACAUAACAUGCCGCCGUCCGCCCUCAGUCAGCUGGGAGCUUGCACUAGCACUCAUUUAUCUCAGAGUUCAAAUCUCUCCCUGCCUUCUACUCAAAGCCUCAACAUCAAGUCAGAACCUGUUUCUCCUCCUAGAGACCGUACCACCACCCCUUCGAGAUACCCACAACACACGCGCCACGAGGCGGGGAGAUCUCCUGUUGACAGCUUGAGCAGCUGUAGCAGUUCCUAUGACGGGAGCGACCGAGAGGAUCACCGGAACGAAUUCCACUCCCCCAUUGGACUCACCAGACCUUCGCCGGACGAAAGGGAAAGUCCCUCCGUCAAGCGCAUGCGACUCUCUGAAGGAUGGGCAACAUGAUCAGAUUAUUACUUAAUAGUUUUUUUUUUCUUGCAGUGUGUGUGUGUGCUAUACCUUAAUGGGGAAGGGGGGUCGAUAUGCAUUAUAUGUGCUGUGUGUGGAAAAAAAAAGUCAGGUACUCUGUUUUGUAAAAGUACUUUUAAAUUGCCUCAGUGAUACAGUAUAAAGAUAAACAGAAAUGCUGAGAUAAGCUUAGGACUUGAGUUGUACAACAGAACACUUGUACAAAAUAGAUUUUAAGGCUAACUUCUUUUCACUGUUGUGCUCCUUUGCAAAAUGUAUGUUACAAUAGAUAGUGUCAUGUUGCAGGUUCAACGUUAUUUACAUGUAAAUAGACAAAAGGAAACAUUUGCCAAAAGCGGCAGAUCUUUACUGAAAGAGAGAGCAGCUGUUAUGCAACAUAUAGAAAAAUGUAUAGAUGUUUUGGACAGACCCAGCAAAGGGUGGCCAUUGGUUAAAGUCACCUACCAUCCUGAGAACGCUCACAAACCUGCAAGCAUAUCAUUGAUGUAUGGCACUCAGUCAAAAGGAUCAAUGACCAUUAAAAGAGGACCAUACCUAUUAGAAAAAUAUGUGGAGUUUGAGGGCUAACGUAUUUAAUUAAAUAAAUAAAGAAUUAUGGGUCUGCAUCUCUUAUUAAAUAAAAGUAUAAAAAUAUGUACAUUACAUUUUGCUUAUUUUCAUAUAAAAGGUAAGACAGAGUUUGCAAAGCAUUUGUGGCUUUUUGUAGUUUACUUAAGCCAAAAUGUGUUUUUCCCCCUUGAUAGCUUCGCUAAUAUUUUAAACAGUCCUGUAAAAACCAAAAAGGACUUUUUGUAUAGAAAGCACUACCCUAAGCCAUGAAGAACUCCAUGCUUUGCUAACCAAGAUAACUGUUUUCUCUUUGUAGAAGUUUUGUUUUUGAAAUGUGUAUUUCUAAUUAUAUAAAAUAUUAAGAAUCUUUUAAAAAAAUCUGUGAAAUUAACAUGCUUGUGUAUAGCUUUCUAAUAUAUAUAAUAUUAUGGUAAUAGCAGAAGUUUUGUUAUCUUAAUAGCGGGAGGGGGGAUAUUUGUGCAGUUGCACAUUUGAGUAACUAUUUUCUUUCUGUUUUCUUUUACUCUGCAUACAUUUUAUAAGUUCAAGGUCAGCUGUCAAAAGGAUAACCUGUGGGAUUAGAACAUAUCACAUUGCAACACCCUAAAUUGUUUUUAAUAUAGUAGCAAUCUAUUGGGUCAACUGACAUCCAUUGUAUACACUAAUUAGUUUAUUUUAUCCUUUUUAUUUUUGAAUUUUUACCAAAUGCCGGGCCCCUAUCUGAUCUCACCAUUCAUCAUGCAACUUGGAAUUCAGUAAGUGCAUACCAUAACUUAUCUGUAUCCUAGAUUAUCAGAUUGGUUUUCAGCCCAGAAUUUCAUAUGUUUUUUUUAGAAAUAUGCCCAGAAUAGAGAAGCUGUGUUGGGACCCAUGUCCUGCAAAUAUGGCCCUAGAAACAAGUGAUAUGAUGUUUACUCGGUGUAUAAGUUGUAAAUUCCCACAGAAGAAAAAUGUGAAAGAUUGGGUGCUAGACAAGAAGGAAGCAGGUGAAGGGAUAGUUGCUUCUCCAUCCGGUUUUAAUUAUUUUAACUGACCCUCAACCUUGUCAGCGGUAUAGGACUGUUGAACGACCCCAGUGUGUCAGGACCCCCAAAUGUCACUUCUGCAUAAAGCAUGUAUGUCAUCUAUUUUUUCUUCAAUAAAGAGAUUUAAUAGCCAUUUCAAGAAAUCCCAUUAAAGAACCUCUCUAUGUCCCUUUUUAAAAUUUUUUAAGAAGUAAUGAUGACACUUGUCUAAUAUUUGUCCAUAAGGGAUUAAUUUUCAGACCCUUUAAAAAGUGAGUGCCAUAAACAAAAAGUUCGUAUUUGUUGUUGAAAAAAGAUUUCUGCCCAGGAACGAUUUUCCUUCUCUUGGAAUGUGAAGAUCUGUCGAUUCAUCUCCGAUCACAUGCAUUGACAUACACAGCAAAGAAGAUGCAGUCGGAUCGACACUGCUAGAUCACAUGCAGGACGUUUCUUAACCCCCCCCCUUUUUUUCCUUGCACAGUUGCUAUGUGUUUCUCACUGAAAAAGGCUGCCGCUGGGUGGCAAAAGCCAAGAGACCUUAGUAAACUAGGCUAUAUUUUUCUUAACUUAAUCUGAAAUCUACAAUUAGACCGCAAUGCACCUUUGGUGGUAUCCAUAUGGGAUGCUAACCUGCCUUGUACUAAUGUUUUAUAUACUAAAAACAAACAAAAAAAUCUAGUAAUCAUUUCAUAUAACUCACUACUCAAGGUACCCAUCGAACAUGAAAGAAAAACAUUUAUGCAAAGGAAAAAUAGAAAAUCAUCCCUGAAAAUAUGCACACACAUUCACACAUAGGGGAAGAAAACGAAGAAAAUCAUUUUUCUCGCCAUCAACUUGAUCCCAUCCUUACAAUGCAUCCUUAUAACUUGAUGUGUAUAAAAUAUGCAAACAUAUCACAGAUGUUCUUUGUCAUUGCAAAACACUUUAUCAAUAUCAGUAGAAAAUUAUCAGUGGGUGGGAAAGGGUCAUUAUGUAAAAAAUAUGAAAAAAUAGCCAUAUAAAUUUUUUACCUGCAAUUUGCCUCAGCGACAAAGAAAAAAGUGAAUUUCUAAUGCUGAAGUACCAGCAGAAGCCUUGGCUAUUUAUAGCAAUUCUGACAAUAGUUUUAUAAGAACAUGGAAAGAACAGCAUCACUUGAAAAUGGGUGCCAGUCAUCUCUUGUUCCCACUACUGAAUUCACAAAAAGUGGUGGCAAGAUAGUGAAGGGAUAAUCUGAGAAUUUUGAAAAAUGAUUUAAUGAGAAGAAGCACAAUUUUGAUUGUGAUGAGUCACUUUCUGUAAACAAUUACUGUCUAUCUUUACCCUUAUACCUUAUCUGUAAUUUACCAUUUAUUGUAUUUGCAAAGCUAGUGUGGUUUGGGUUUUUAUCACAGUAAAUCCUUUGUAUCCGGAGUUUAGGGCAGAGCCCUGAGGGGGUGGUACUUUACGUAGCCCAUCCUAGACUCACGUGGUAGGCGACAUUCUGCAUUGCAAGUCAAAGAACCGUAAGUGGCAUUUUACACAGCUACAAGUGUUGUUAUACCUAAUCCUAUUUUAAAAGAUUUUUUGGUAAUAUUAAGCUUAAAUACUGGUAACACUGAUGCAAUACACGCAAGAUGCACAACUGUAUAUUGUAUGCAUUGGUGCGUGGAAGGCUGUUCAUUUCAACCUUUUUUAAAAUUGUGUUUUUUAGUAAAAUGGCUUAUUUUUUCCCAAAGGUGGAAUUUAGCAUUUUGUAGUGAUGAAUAUGAAAAUGCCUGUCAUCCUCAGAUCACUUUAAGGUUACCUAAAGUGAGAAUUUUUUUAAAAAUUCAAAUACACUUUUUAAAAGAAUAUCUGCCCUCUCACAAUUCUAUGUAUUUGUUUUUCUUACACACUUGUCUUUUAAUUUAGAAAUAGCAUGUUUUGCUCCCUUUAUUCUUUUGUUUGUUUUUCCAGAGAGUAAUGCUUGUAUUUCUUUCUUGAAAAAAAAUUCUUUUAAGAAGAAGCAGCCACUCGAACCCUCAAUAAAGGCUGCUGCUAAAGCAUGGCAUACUUCAUCUGUUCCCGUCUGUGCCAUCUGCUGUGAUGUCAUCGCUUUUAUGGCGUGAAUUUCUUGCCACUACAGAUCUUUUAAAGAUUGAUGGAAUACUGGUGUCUGUUAGACUGCUUCAGACUACAGAUGUAAUUAAAGGCUUUUCUUAAAUAUGUUUUAACCAAAGAUGUGGAGCAAUCCAAGCCACAUAUCUUCUGCAUUAAAUUUGUCCAUUUUGGUUCUGUUCAUAAUCGGGUAUUGCAUUUGCCUUCCCUAUUCAUACCUCAAAUUGAUUCAUACCUCAUUUUAAUUCCGAGAGGUCAGCUAAGUGGCAGAUUUUGUUGUGGUUUGAAUGCAGUACCAGUGUUCUCUCAGAGCCAAGUAGACCUGGGUCACUGUAGGCAUAGGACUUGGAUUGCUUCAGAUGGUUUGCUGUAUCAUUUUCCUUCUUUUUCUGGGGAUUUGUUUCCAUUCAAUGACAGUAAUUAAAAUAGCUUGUAAAUGAGGGCAUACAAGCAUUUGCAACAAAUAUUCAAAUAGAGGCUCACAGCGGCAUAAGCUGGACUUUGUCGCCACUAGAUGACAAGAUGUUAUAACUAAGUUGAACCACAUCUCUGUAUCUCAAGGGACUUAAUUCAGCUGUCUGUAGUGAAUAAAAGUGGGGAAUUUUCCAAAGUUUCUCCGAUGGAAAUAAGGUAUAAUUUGUAUUUUGCAGACAAUUCAGUAAAGUUACUGGCUUUCUUAGUGA